AAAGCUAGCUUGUUGCACUCCAAUUCAACAGUCUCACUCUACCUUUGUAUCAGCCUGCUUGUUGCACUCCAAUUUAACAGUCGCAGUCUACCUUUGCAUCAGCCUUUAGCUUAUGGCUUCUUCCAACUCCACCGUGACUCCAUCCAAACUACUGCAUAUAGAUGCCAUCCAGACGGUGGCGCCUGGGAGGAUGGCGAAGCCCGGACAAUCGCGUCGGAUCUCCGUCGUUGCUCCUGUUGGGCUCGGGAUUCUACGGAGCCACCUACGUAUCGUUCUUUACUAUAAGAAAGCCAGGAAGGAGUCGGCGUUGGACGUGGCGGCGUGGAUUAAAGAGUCGCUCAAUGCGAUGACGCCGGAUAUGCCGGUGCUCGCCGGAAGGCUUCGAAGGGACUCCGAGGGCGAUGGCUUCUGGGAGGUCAAGUUCAAUGAUGCUGGAGUUAGGUUGGUGCAGGCCUCGGCGGAGAUGACCAUGUCGGAGUUCUUGGAGUCAGAGGAGAGGGAUGGGAGAGAGGCUCAGCUGGCCUAUUGGGUGGACGUGGACCAGGAGAAUCCUUACUACUCGGCACUGUUUUACGUUCAGGUGACCCAAUUCCAAGGUGAUGGAUACUCCAUUGGAAUCAGCUGCAGUGUUCUCCUGGCGGAUCCUUUGUUCUUAACCCGGUUCCUCAAGUUCUGGGCCCAAACCCAAACCCAAAUGCUGGCCCAAGGCCAACUCUCCAAGAACCCAAUAUUCCACUUGAGCAACUUCCAAAGACCUGGCGGGCCAAGCCGUAUCAAGUUCACUCCACUUGACUCCACCCCAACCAAACCCAUCACCACCACCACCAUUCUCUUCAAGGUGGCUCGAGCUCGAGUCCUGGGCUCGCCAUCUUACACCAAGCUUGCCACCCACUGCCUCAAAGAGGUGAUGCAAAAGAUGGAGGGGAUGGCCGUGGCCAACUUUUCUCUCAUCAUUAACGACCAUGCAGGCGAGUUGAAAGUUGAGUCUUGCCGUGCCAAGGGGCUGGCUCAGUCCAAUGAGACCUUCAAUGAUGCAUUCAGCAAGGUGUGGUGGGACGAGCUUGGCAUUGAAGACAUUGCUUUUAGUGAAGCGAAUAAGCCCGUUCAUGUGUCAUACCAUGUUGUGUCACCUCCUGAUGAAGGGCUGGUGAUGGUGAUGCUACCAUCGGACAGGGAAGAUUCUUUGGAUUUGAUCAUCAGCACAACAAUCCCAAAGAAGAUUUAGUGUCGUGACAUAUAUACUGCUUGAUUGUGCCAAUAUCUUGUCCAUGUUGCAUGGUUUGUGUUACCAAUGUUUGUGGUGAUACUAGUUGAUUGGAUUUGGAGGUUGGUUAUGUGUUGCUACAUAUGGUGUCUGAAUCAACAGUUAAUUUGUAAAAGGAAAUAAUUUGUCCUGGAUAAUAAAAGGCAUUAGCUUUCAAAGGUUGGCUUUUUAUGCA